GCGUUGGCCGGGCACUGCAGGGAACAAGUCAGAGCCGGUCUACUGUCGCAAGGACGUGCAGCAACAUGAUGGCCGAAACGGCUCAGUGUGGGUGACAUACCGUGACGGAGUGUACGAUGUCACUCAGUAUCUGGAAAAGCAUCCUGGUGGGAAGUUGAUCCUGCAGGCGGCCGGUGGACCAGUCGACGAGUGGUGGAAGUACUGGGCCCAGCACCACCUUUCCCCUGAUGUGGCUGCAGCAUUGGAAGCUUUGCGCGUGGGGCGGCUCCUCGACUACGAAGAAGAGGAGGACCGGAGGAGCUGA